UGCUAAAGCCUUCAAUUGCAACGGGAAUUGUGUGUCGCUGGUCAAAGACAUAUGAAAGCAUCCCAUGACUCCAAGAACUGUUGUAUCUGGCAGCGAGUGGGAUGUGACUGGGGCUUGGAUGUAUAUAUGCAGUGAUACUAACCUUAUUUACUGGUACUGACUGACACCUCUUUGGGAUUGUGUUUCAGUUUAUUCCUGCCUGUUCGGCUGGCUGUAUCGGGUUCUGCUCUGCUCUCUGCUCUCGCCUUUCCUCUCCUCUGCCAUGUCCAGUGAGACGUCGCCUCUGCUGAACUACAGGCUGUACAAUGUGGCAGGUGGCUUCACUGGGGAUGGAGUGGCCACUCAAGAGGAGAUCUCAGUGUCAAGUGCUACCUCACAACACGAUGACCGCAGGAAGCUCUGUACCUUUUUUGGGGUUGUGGUCCCUACGGUCCUCUCCAUGUUCAGCAUCGUCGUUUUCCUGAGAGUCGGGUUUGUGGUUGGUCAGGCCGGCUUCCUCCAGUCCAUCUUGAUGUUGGCGGUGGCGUACGUCAUCAUCAGCCUGACGGUCCUGUCUGUGUGUGCCAUCUCCACCAACGGAGCCGUGAAAGGCGGAGGAGCCUACUUCAUGAUCAGCCGGACACUUGGGCCAGAGUUUGGUGGGAGCAUUGGGCUAAUGUUUUUCCUGGCCAACGUGUGUGCCUGUGCCGUGUAUGUGCUGGGACUUGUGGAGGCUGUUCUGGAUGUGUUUGGGGAGCUCCCCAAUGCAGAGUCGACUAAGGCACAAGGGAUUCACGUACUGCCUCAGAGCUACCUGUACGAUGUGCUGUAUGCCUCUAGUAUUCUGCUGCUGUGUCUCCUCAUUUGCCUGGUGGGAGCCCAGAUCUACGCCAAGACCACCUUCCUCAUCUUCCUCGUGGUGCACGUGGUGCUGCUCACCAUCUUCGCCAGCUUCUUCUCCGUGUCUCCCACCUCCAUCCCCAUCCUCCACCGCUCCAACAACGCCACCGAGCGCUUCAAUGGCAGCUACACCGGCUUCAGCCUGGCAACACUGCGCAAUAACCUGGCCGAUGACUACUCUGCAGAUUACACGACCAAUUACAUGAUGACAUUUGCAACGGUUUUCGCGGUGAUGUUUAACGGCUGCACCGGGAUCAUGGCUGGUUCCAACAUGUCAGGUGACUUGAAAAAUCCCAGUUAUUCCAUUCCCAAAGGCACAACUAUUGCUGUGAUCUACACUCUCUUGGUUUACCUGUUGCUGUUCUUCCUGGUGAGCUUCACUUGUGACAGGACCCUUCUGAAGGAGGAGUACGGCUUCUUCCGCCUGAUCAACGUGUGGCCGCCGUUUGUGGUGACUGGAGUGUACGCAGCCUCGCUGUCCGCCUCCAUGAGCACGCUGAUCGGAGCCUCGCGGAUCCUGCACGCUCUCGCCAAGGAUGACCUGUUUGGAGUGAUAUUGGCUCCAGCCAAGCGGACGUCAAAGGGAGGAAAUCCCUGGGUGGCUGUGCUAUACACCUGGGCCUUGGUUCAGGUCGUAUUGUUUGCGGGGAGACUGAACACCAUCGCCGGGAUUGUCACCAUUUUCUUCCUGAUGGCGUACGCAGCCGUUGACCUGGCCUGUUUGUCUCUGGAAUGGGCUUCCGCUCCCAACUUCAGACCCACGUUCCAGGUGUUUAGCUGGCACACCUGCCUGUUAGGGAUUAUCGGCUGCCUGGUGAUGAUGUUCCUGAUAAACCCAGCCUAUGCCUCCUGUGGCAUUGUGCUCAUGCUGCUCCUUCUAGUCGUCAUUAACUACCGUUCCCCCACCAGCAGCUGGGGCUAUAUCAGCCAAGCCCUCAUUUUCCACCAGGUGAGGAAGUACCUGCUGCUGUUGGACGUGAGGAAAGAUCACGUGAAGUUCUGGAGGCCCCAGAUCCUAUUGAUGGUGGCCAAUCCCAGGACCAGCUGCCAGCUGAUCACCUUCAUCAACGACCUGAAGAAGGGUGGUCUGUAUGUGCUGGGCCAUGUGGAGAUUGGGGACCUCGACAUGUUACCCACAGAUCCCAUCCAGCCCCAGUAUAACUUCUGGCUCAGCCUGGUGGACAAGCUGAACGUCAAGGCCUUUGUGGAUCUAACACUGUCCCCAUCAGUGCGUCAAGGAGUCCAGCAUCUACUCCGGAUAACAGGGCUGGGCGGGAUGAAGCCAAACACCCUUGUGCUUGGCUUCUAUGACCACUGCGUGCCUGAGGACUACUUGCUGUGUGACCCGGCGUUCAAGGACACCAAGGAGAAUGAUCACUUUGGGGUGGACAUCACCUCGCUUCAAGCCCAUUUCCCUCCUGUCCGCGAUGGGGAGACCAGCAAGACGCUGUCUGCCAGGGAAUACGUGGCCAUCAUAUCAGAUGCCAUCAAGAUGCAGAAGAACGUCUGCCUCGCCCGCUACUACUUCCUGAUGGACAAGAAGGACCUCUUUGGCAAAAAACGGGCUGAACGCGUGUCCAUUGAUGUCUGGCCACUGAACUUGCUGAGCCCAGACAGCACCAACUACGUGGACAUCUGCAGCCUCUUCCUGCUGCAGAUGGCCUGCGUCCUCACCAUGGUCACUUCCUGGAAAGGAGCCCGGCUCCGCAUCUUCCUGUGCAUCGAGUCCGGCGACGACCGCUGGCUGAGGAAAGAGGAGAAGCUGCGGGAACUCCUGGACAAGCUGAGGAUCAAGGCCACUAUCAAGAUCGUCAGCUGGGACCAGGUGGUGUCCCUGCAUUGGCAGAAACGCUUGACUAGAGAAGAGCAAGAGGUGGCCUUCGGCAACGCCAACCACCAGGCCAUGCUGAUCUCAGACGAGUAUCUCCAGGCCGUCAAUCACUUGGUGUUGGACCAGACUUUUCACACGGCCGUCAGGUUCCUGUAUCUGCCUCGACCCCCUGUGGACACCGCUCAGCACCAACGCUACUUGGAGCAGUUGGACAUUUUGACCAAGGAUCUGGGACCCACUCUCUUAAUCCACGGACUCACUCCAGUCACCUGUACAGACCUUUAGAGCUCGCUAGGGGUGGGCUACACAGCUUGCAUCUACACGCACACACACAGCCACACACCACACCCCACACCACAGACCCACCAC